AUGAAGUUCGUUUUCGGGACUUUUGUAGUUUUUAUUCUCUUGUUUUCAGAAGCAUUAGGUUUACUGUCAUCUUCAUGCAAAAAAUGGUCUCACGCAUGCCUAGCAAAUGUUGAUUGUUGUCCAAAGAUGGGUCAUCGUAUAGUAUGUGCUCCAAGUCUAGAAAUAUGUGGCAAGAAAAUAUGUUGUAUUACUGAAGUUGAAGAACAACAAGAAAAGCAAGCAGCUAUUAUUCGAAAUCGUCCUAAACCAAAACGUAUUUGGAAAAUAUUGCUUGAUGAUGAUGAAGAAAAAUAA